GCACCCUUUAAAAUUAUGGACAGUCCCAAAGCACCCUUUAAAAUUAUAGACAGUCCCAAAGCACCCUUUAAAAUUAUGGGCAGUCCCAAGGCAACCUUUAAAAUUAUGGCAGUCCCGAGGCGCCGUUUAAAAUUAUGGACAGUCCCGAAGCACCCUUUAAAAUUAUGGACAGUCCCGAGGCACCCUUUAAAAUUAUGGACAGUCCCGAGGCCCGAGGCACCCUUUAAAAUUAUGGACAGUCCCGAGGCACCCUUUAAAAUUAUGGACAGUCCCGAAGCACCCUUUAAAAUUUAUGGACAGUCCCGAGGCACCCUUUAAAAUUAUGGACAGUCCCAAAGCACCCUUUAAAAUUAUGGACAGUCCCAAAGCACCCUUUAAAAUUAUAGACAGUUCUGAGGCACCCUUUAAACUUAUGGACAGUCCUGAGGCACCCUUUAAAAUUAUGGACAAUCCCGAAGCACCCUUUAAAUUAUGGUCAGUCCCGAGGCACCCUUUGAGGCAAAAUUAUGGACAGUCUUGAGGCACCCUUUAAAAUUAUAUCCCGGACAGUCCC